AAAAAAGGAAAAGUCGUUUCCAUAGAGACAUGGCUGUCCAUGGCAAGUGAUGCUAAAAGGCGAUUGCUGCCUCAUUAAAAGCUGCAACAAUGUCCCAGCUGACCGCUGAGGACGAGGCGCAGUUACAAACACUGCUCAAGCAGCUUCUGAGGAGCAUCAGUGACAAGAUCUCUGGAGCGCCGUCCCCUGAAUGUGCUGAAGAGAUUCUCCUCCACCUGGAGGAGACCGACAGGAAUUUCCACAACUACGAGUUUGUCAGAUACCUGCGUCAGCACGUGGAGAGCUCUCUGGGGACGGUGGUGGAGGAUGAAAUACAGAACCUGACCAGAGGAGGACAACAUGCUGUUGGAUCAGAACAGGAUACCUUGACUCACGCUGUGACUCAGAGAACAAGAGACUCGUCUCAGUACCAUCAGAUGAUCCAGACGUUAAAAAAUACCAUGAUGGUGGUUGUGGAGUCUCUGAUCAACAAAUUUGAGGAGGAGCAGCUGAGAAAGGAGGAAAUGCACCGAGAGCUGGAUCGCUGUCAGUCUAACAGCCAGUACGCCGACAACUGCUCAGACAGCGACUCCUCCUUCAACCAGAGUUAUGCAUUCAUCAGACAGGAGCAGCUGCAGGUCCUGGCUGAAAAACUGGACUCCAGCAAGCCUAAAGAGGUGCGUCGUGAAACUCUGCAGGCGCUCUGCUGUGCUCCUCCGUCUGAUGUGCUGAGCUGUGAGAGCUGGGGCACUCUGCGAAGGAACCUGUGUGCCGCUCUUACUGAGCCCGACCUCAGUGAGAAUGUGCUGCAGUUUUUUGCUAAAUGUUUCUCCUCGUCUCCGCUGAACGUGACCCGGGAGAUCUACUCCAGCUUGGCAAAGAGUGUGGAAUCAGCUUUUCUGUCUCAGAGGUCGAGCUUCUCUACUGGAUCAGCUACCGUUGACAUCAACAGUCCUCAGAUCAGUCGUCUUCUCAAGCAGAUUCGACUGCUGAACGAUUUCCAGAAGGAGGUGACCACCUUCUGGAUCCGUCACCCGGAGAAAUAUAUGGAGGAGAUCAUAGAGAGCACUUUCUCCCUGUUGUCCUUCCAUCAUGAACAAAGCUCAGCGGGAGCAGAGAAAACACUGGAGCCGGUCCACUUGCUGUCCUUACUGGAUAUUAAAGCUACCUGGUUCAAUAAAUGGAUGCAUGGCUAUUACAGCAGGACGGUGGUUCUCAGGCUCCUUGAGAAGAAAUACAAGAAUCUGAUUGUAGCGGCUCUUCAGCAGUGCUUGCUCUACAGUGAGGCCUGUGAACGGAGCACAAGUGAGGCCGCUGAUUCUCACGUGGAGGAGCCAAGGGACCUUGGUUUGCCACAGCAGAGCGUUUAUACCAGAAAGGAGCUGGAAUAUUCAUUCUUUGUCCACUCUCUGUGUGUCCUGGGUAAACUCAUCGUCUACACCAACGGGAGAAAACUCUUUCCCAUCAAGUUAAGGAAGCAUAGAGAUCCCGUUACUUUGACAGACCUGAUUGUCACCCUGAUUAACAUCAUGUAUCGACACCCCCGGCCUUUGAACAGCGAUGCCUCACUUACGGGCUCCCUGUCGCCCAGCUGUCUGGUGACGGAGGUGCUGUGGAUGUUAUGUGAGCGAACAGAAUGUGCUGCUGAUUGUCUUUACCAGACUCCUGUCAUUGAGACUCUGCUUGCACCUGUUGUUGCUCUCCUCAGUGGACAACAGACUAGCUUGAGGAGUCCUGCAGCAACACAGAUCCUCAUUGCUGACGUUCUGGCCCGCAUCGCAAACACUGACAGAGGAUUAGCGCUUUUCCUCUAUGAGAAGAACGUUGUUGUUGCCCACAGUGAAAGGACGUUUGCUGCUCACAUCAUCGUACAGUUCACCCUGAGGCUGCUGAAUAAUGCCCUGCCGUCACUGAGCGGAUCAGAUGCGUCUCAUGCGUUAUGUGGAGCUUUCAUCUUUGUCUGCAGGCAGAUGUACAACACCUGUGAGGGUCUGCAGGUCCUGCAAGCAUAUGGUCUACACAAAGCCAUUGCUGCUGCGUGGACAAAGACAAGUUCUCAAUCAGAAAGGAUCCCAACCCCAGUUUCUGGAGCCAGCACAGACACAUCAUUCCAAGAAACGUCAAACAUGGUCGCCUGGGAGGAGACUUUGUUGGGCAGUCUGCUGAACUUUGCUGCGACCCCUAAAGGCCUUUUGCUGCUGCAUCAGACGGGGGCAAUCAACGACUGUGUCUCCUACAUGUUCUCUCGCUUCACCAAAAAACUACAGGUGAGUCGCUGCGAGAAGUUUGGAUACGGCGUAAUGGUGACACAGGUAGCAGCGACUGCUCCAGGGGUUGCAGCUCUGCACAGCUCAGGUUUUGUCAGGUCGCUGGUUGUAGAGCUGUGGUCGGCGCUCGAAUGUGGAAGCGAUGAUUUCAGAGUCGUCCGUCCCAGACCAACACCCAUGGAGCCCAUAGACAGACGCUGCCUCAAGUCCUUCCUGUCGCUGGUCAACCUCCUGUCCUCCUCCUCCUCCGUGUGGGAGCUCCUGUGCCGACAGUCCCUGCCUAACAAGAGCGACUACACCCUGAGAGAAAUGCCGACCUCCAUACCUGAUUUGAUUGACAGGCUGAUUGCUGUGAAUUCAGAUGCGAAGAUCCAUUCGCUGUUCCACUACGAGCAGUCGCAUACGUUCGGCCUGAGACUGCUCAAUGUGCUCUGCUGCUGCUUGGACUCCUUCCUGCUGCUGGAGAGCCAAUAUAACAUCUGCGCCAUGCUGCUGCAGAGUCAGAGGGAAAACAUCGCUGACCAAGACACCGCAGAGGGGCCGAUCAUCAUUGACAGUCUGUCAGUGGAGAGGAAUCACGUGUUGGUUCGUGUUAAUGUGGUGGGAGGUCCGUCUGAGAGGAGGCUUCCCUCUCGAGCCCUAGAAGAGGGAGAACAUCCUUAUCCUUGGCCGAUGUUUUUAAGCUAUCCUCCACCACCCUGCUAUGUUCUUAACCUACAAGAUCUCCAAAAUAACACACAAGAGUGUGAGAUUAGUGCUUUUCUGGCUUCAGCGAAAGAACCAAAGAGAGAGGAGAGCUGGUUAGAGGUCUGCCGAAGACAUUUCUGCAGAGACAUAUUAUCAAGAUCCAACAGUUUAACUGGAAAGGUGCUGGCUGACCUUUUGGAGAAAGUUGUGGCCCAUCUAUCCAACUCUGCCUCAGACUGCUUCUUCUCUCCGGCUCAGUACAAAGCAGAGGAGAAAAAUGUGAAGAAUGUUGUCUUAUCAUCUGUGGAGCAGCUGGGAAUUAACACGUGCUUCCGGUAUGGCUGCUACCUCCAGAUACUACAGGAAGAUAGUCUGAGUGACUUGGAGCUGCUAAUAAAACACCUAAAGACCUUCCUGUCAACACAAAGAGUUAACACAUCUUCAGCUCUUGCCAGUCAGCAGGAUGGUUAUCCAGGCCAUGACUGGCUGGCCUCCACAGUUUUCCUCAUCAUGGCAGGAAACAUGGAGCGGUCCUUGCAUCUGCUGCUGAACCUGUCCUCUCAGCUGUCGUCUGCGUUCAUCUGGCCUGCAAGGACACACGCGUCGGUCCAUUUUCCUCAGCAAGUAGCUGAAUCGGGAAUCUCUCCCGUCUACUGGUGCACGGCUCAUUACGUGGAGAUGCUGCUGAAAGCUGAAGUCCCUUUGGUCCAUUCUGCCUUCAGGAUGUCUGGUUUCACUCCUUCACAGAUGUGCCUCCACUGGCUAACUCAGUGUUUUUGGAACUACCUGGACUGGACCGAAAUCUGCCAGUACAUCUGCACCUGUGUGGUGAUGGGUCCAGAUUACCAAGUUUACCUGUGUGUGGCUCUAUUCAAGCACCUGCAGCCUGAGAUCCUGGAGCGCACACAGUCCCAGGAACUCCAGGUCUUCCUCAAGGAGGAGCCGAUAGCGGGCUUCAAGUUCAGCAACUACCUGGAGUUUAUGAUGGGACUGGAGCGGAGCUACAGGAAAAUCGUUCUGACCGACAUGGAUAACAUCAGAAAUCCUCAGGAGUAGAAAACUGAACCCCGUUUAAGUUUUCCAAAAAAAAAAAAAA